AUGUAUAUUACUAGAAAUAAUAGAAGUAGACAUAGAUUUAAUAGUCAAUUCGAUAGUUAUCCAGUUCAAAAUCAUUUAUAUUAUGAUGAAAAUGAUGCAAUUGAGUUGACACCAGAGAAGAAAGAUCCAAGUAUUAUGUCAGCCGCAAUUCCAUAUUUAAUUAUUGCAGUAAUUUUCAUUUUAUUACUUCUUGGAAUUUUAAAAUUAAUUCAAACAAAAAGACAAAAGAAGGUUUCAGAGACUUCAAAUUUUGUUGCUUCAAAUUCUGCUGUUGCUGCUCCAACUGAAGAUAUUCAAAUGACUCCAGUUGUUCCACCUUAUUCAGAAAUCAAGCUUGAUGAUUACAAAUUUACAAGAUAA